ACUAUGUCGGAAGCAAAAAAGAAAAAAAGACAAUACAGUGCGGAAUACAUAAAAUACGGAUUUAUUCAAAGUCGGACAAAUCCAUCAUCGCCAAUGUGCCUCAUAUGUCAAAAAACAUUUUCAAAUGAAGCAAUGAAACCUUCUCGAUUACUCGAUCAUUUUAAUAAAAUGCAUUCAGAUAUGAAAGACAAAGAUGUGACUUACUUUCAAAAUAUGGAAAAAAAGUACGUAGCUCAACCUACUUUAUCAACGCUUUUUUCUGCGGCUUCUAAGCAAGACAAUGAUGGGCUUCGUGCGUCGUACAAUAUAUCACUAUUAAUUGCUAAAACAGGCAAACCACAUACCAUUGGGGAAGACUUAAUUUUACCAGCAAUAAAAGAAGUAAUAACAACUGUGCUCCAUAAACCAGCGGCAGAUAUUAUCCGAAAAAUUCCUUUGAGCAAUAGUUCUGUACAAAGACGAAUUGAUGAGAUGGCUGAAAAUAUUGAAGAAUCAUUGUGCAAUCAUUUGAAGACUUGUCAAUUUUCAAUUCAGUUGGAUGAGUCCACUUUACCAACUAAUGAAGCAUUAUUGUUAUCAUAUGUAAGGUUUAUAAAAUAUGAGAAAAUAUGUCAAGAACUAUUAUUUGCGAGAAAUUUAGAGACAAAUACAAAAGGAGAAACCAUAUUUAAUACACUAGAAAAGUUUUGUGAUGAAAAGCAAAUCCCUCUGAAGAAUAUUAUGUCAAUUGCUACUGAUGGUGCCCCAGCUAUGACAGGGCGACACAAAGGCUUCAUAGCGCAUUUAAAAAAUAAAGUUCCAGACGUGCUUGCUGUACAUUGCGUCAUUCAUCGCCAGCAUUUAGUUGCAAAAAAUCUGAGUGAACGCCUGCAUACAUCACUGCAUUAUGUUAUUAGAGCAGUUAAUAAAAUCAGAAGCAACUCACUAAAUGACAGAUUAUUUAGUCAACUUUGCGUUGCUAAUGAUGAAGAUUUCAAUCGAUUGCUGCUUCACACAGAAGUGCGCUGGCUGUCAAAAGGUACUUGUCUGACUCGAUUUUACAAUCUGUUUGACUCUGUGAUAGAGUUCCUGAAAAACAAAGACACAGAACUUCGCGAUAACCUCAUCACAUCAAAGAAUGAUAUUUCGUACUUGACAGACCUCUACAAGUUAUUUAAUGAUGUCAAUCUCCAACUUCAAGGUGACGACUUGAACUUGAUUAAAACAAAAACUGUCAUUUCUACAUUCGUUGCCAAACUGCAAUUAUACAAGAGAAAUAUUGGUAGACGUGAAUUUAAUAACUUUCCUAAUUUAGCAGCAGCAUCUUUUAUCAACGAUGACUUGGUUGUUUACUGUCAACACUUGGAGAACCUCCACAAUGAUUUCAAAGAACGAUUCCAGGACAUUUUAAACAUGGACAUACCAGACUGGGUAUUAGAUCCUUUUUCAAAUGUCAGCACAGCAGAAUCAUCCCAGUUAGAAGAACAACUUUUAGAAUUGACCACAAAUGAGGAAAUCAAAUUCAAAUUCAAGAAUGGCUAUCAAGAAUUUUGGCUGCAAAAGCCAAUCAUGGAACUGUACCCUAGUUUAUGGUCGAUUGUUCAACGAUUUCUGAUAGCAUUCCCGUCAUCGUAUUUGUCUGAACGUGGAUUCAGUGCUGUAGCAACACUGCUAACAAAAAAGAGAAAUCGGUUGCUUGUUACCGAACGCGGUGAUUUACGGCUGUUUUUAAGUAAAUUUGAGCCAGAUAUUAACAAACUCGUUAAUGCACAUCAAGUUCAUCCAUCACAUUAA